AUGUCUUUCCUCACAGAGAACGUCAUCCGCCGUGUGGCCCUCGCUCCCCGCGUCAUUGCCUUCCAGGCUCCCCGAACAUUCACCACCAGCUUCGCUCUUCAGAAAACUGCUACCGAUGCUGUCAAGGACACUGCCCACAAAGUCGACCGCGCUGUGAGCGACAAGAUUGUCGACGGCAUUGAGGCUGGACAGGACGCUGCUGCCAAGGCUAAGGCUGCCGCUCGGGACGUCACUGACUCCAACGACGCCGCCGCAAAGGCCCAGGAGCUGAAGGGUGAGGCUGCUGGCAAGGCUCAAGAGCUCAAGGGCGAGGCCAAGGGUGCUGCUGAGCAAGCCAAGGGCAAGGCAAAGGGUGUGGCCGAGGAGGCUAAGCACAAGUUGUAA